GGCAGUUGACGACUGUGGUUUCGCAUUCCCUUAUGUCUGUGUCUCUUUUAUUUCACACAACAAACUUUAAGCACAAGCUUACAGCAUUUCCUCUGCACUCUUUUUGACCUUAAUGUUGGAGAAAUUAAGACAACAAGAUGGCUUCUCAGGGGAUUCAGAUCACUGGUAUAACAAUGGCUAUAGUUGGCUGGCUCUUGGAGAUCACAGCAUGCGGCUUACCCAUGUGGAAGGUCAGUGCUUUUAUUGGUGCCAACAUCGUCACAGCUCAAACCUUCUGGAAGGGCUUGUGGAUGGACUGUGUGGUGCAAAGUACAGGCCAGAUGCAGUGCAAGGUGUAUGACUCGAUGCUGGCUUUGGAAUCUGACCUACAGGCUGCUCGUGCCAUGAUUAUCAUCGCGAUCCUUGUUGGAGUCUUUGGACUGAUCUUGUCAGUUGCUGGUGGAAAAUGCACUAACUGCAUCAAAGAGGAGCGAUCCAAAGCAAAAGUCUGCAUCUGUUCUGGGGUUCUGUUCAUCAUCUCGGGAUUUCUCUGUCUCAUUCCAGUCUGUUGGUCUGCCAACGCCGUCAUCACCAAUUUCUAUAACCCAAUGAUGAUGAAUUUCCAGAAAUAUGACUGCUAGACAAUGGGGAAGAUUGGCAAGGAAACAGCAGGUCAGGUCAUAAGCUUCAUAGGCGUCAUUGGGGUGGCAGUGGCCUGUGGGAUCCCCAUGUGGCGAGUUACCUCUUUCAUUGGAGCCAACAUUGUUACAGGCCAGAUUGUAUGGGAUGGUCUGUGGAUGAACUGUGUGAUGCAAAGUACUGGACAGAUGCAGUGCAAGCUGAAUGACUCUCUCCUGAGCCUGACGACUGAUCUGCAGGCUGGCCGAGCACUAGUCAUCAUCUCACUUCUCUUUGGAUUUAUCGGCUUUAUCAUCUCGUUUGUUGGAGCCAAGUGUACCAGCUGCCUGGAAAAAGAUGCAUCAAUGGCAAAUGUGGUGAUCAUAAGUGGCUGUCUCAUCAUUAUCUCUGCUAUCCUGAUCUUAAUCCCCGUCUGCUGGUCUGCAGCUUUCACCAUCUCAGACUUUCAGAACCCCUUGACUGUAGCAACACAGAAAAGGGAGAUUGGAUCUGCUAUCUACAUUGGAUGGGGCUCAACUAUACUUCUUCUGAUCGGUGGGAUCAUCUUAACCACCUCCUGUCCUCCCCAAAAACAAAUGUAUGGAUACCCUAGCUACCAACAACCAGUGUAUGCUUAUUCAAGACCAAACUCAGCCGCAUAUGGCCGUGUGUAUGCUCCACCAUCCAACCAACCAUACACAGUCGCAGGUGGUUAUGCUCCCAGCAAGCCAUAUGCAGCACCAGCCUCAUAUCCUGCUUCACAAUAUCUAUAAAAAUGAAGGAAGAGAUCAAGGACAGAGACUGAAAACCUUGCCCUGAUAGCUGCUGGACUUUGAAAUGACCACUGGGAAAUACAAUCACACGAAAAUAUCAGAUGUACAGACGGCAUUAUUCUGAUACACUGAUGUAAAACAACUAGACUUCUACACAUACUUUUAUCUUUAAGAUUGUGAAGCUAUGAUGUAAAAGGAAUCUGUGUGUGUGCUGAAAAUUGCAUUGCUUUUCACAAGGAAGUCACUGUCUGAUAUAUUUAUUUCCCUGUUAUGAACUACAGAUUUAGCAGUGUGCUUCUUUUCUGUAACUGCCACUUUAUCUUGUACAUUUUCAUAUGAAUUUCAAUAAAAACAUUUGUCUUACCUGUAA